AUGGUAAUACUUACUGUAGAAGAGGAAAUACUCUGUGCAUUAAGAAGGAAUACUCAGGAGACUUCAUUAUUUCUUAUUAUAAAUAUUCUUAAGGAAAUACUCAGUAGAUUGGAUAUAAAUAGUAGUUUUGGGUUAUAUGAAAAUGUAUACGAGGAGUACUGUAAGGUUAUUAAUAGAGUAAAUGCAAAAGAGGGUGAAGCCACAAUAAAUAAUAAACCAAGAAAUAACCAAAAAAUAAGAAGAAAGGAGUCACUAAUGAAUAAUAGCAUAAUGAAUGAGUGGAGAGAAAUUCUUCAUAAAUUUAAUUUUUGUCAAUUAGGAAAGGUAUUAGAAAAAAUUAUGUACGGCUAUUGUAAAAAACAUGGAAAGUUACAGAAUAAUUAUGUUAUUCAUCUGAUUAAUCAAAUCUGUAUAAAUAUAAAAGAACUAGAAAAUAAUGAAGAUAGUGUAGACAUUAAACAGGAAUUAAUUAUGUAUUUAAUUGAUCCAUUGCUGUUAAGCAUUAAUUCAACUAACAGCACAGAGUAUAAUUUAAUUUUAAGUACAGUUGAAAUAAUAUACAGUAUAGACCAGAAAAUAGUCCAUAAAAAUAUCUGGUUGUGCAUAAUAACUGAAUUAAUUGAGAAAUAUUCAGAAAGAACACUUUUGUUUUUAUUAGAAAUUUUAAAAAAUGAAAAUUCUUCUUGGUGUUCUAUUAUUAUUAUGUACAGCCUUUAUGUGGGAAGAGUGAACAUUUCUUAUUUUAUAGACAUAUUCAGUAAAGUGGAUAUAUUAAAAGUUACGAUGUGUAAAUACGAUGAGCAUUUUAUAUAUCUUAUACAGUUGUUAUUUAUAGGAAAAUAUCACAGUAAAGAAGGAGAUAAAUCUGUUAUAGAACAAUUUAUGUGUGUACUGGCAAAAUCAGAGCAGUUUAAUCAUAAAUUUACACUGAGCAAUGCCAAAUCUGUAUUUAACCAGUUAAGCAGUGUAUGCACACUGGGAACACUUUUAUACAUUGGAAGAGAAAUGGACUUAAAUGUAAAAUUAUGUGCAGAAGACUGGACGAGUCUUUCAUCCGUGAUUGUUUUACUCUACAGAAGAAUAGAUUAUGCUUUGCUUAAUGAAGCACUGAAAAGAAGAAGUAUUGAAGAUAUAUUUUAUAUUUACUGUGUAUGUGUUGUACACCCAAGUGCGCUGUAUAAUAUUUCCUCUCAGAGAAUUUCGGGAUUAUUUCAGCAUAAAGACCAGUUAAAAUCUGACUUAUUGCUAAUUGAGUAUUUCUAUUUAUUAACUAAGCACAGUGCAGAGUGGAAGUGUUUAAAAAAAAAGAAAAAUGAAUUUCCUUCGUGUGCUAAGUGUGGAAAUACAUCAAAAACAAACAGAAGUACUAGAAAGGCAAAAUUUAAAAGAAAGAAAGAGAAUUUAUCCGGUAGAGGAAAUAGUGUAGAUAAUAGACUUAGAGAGACAAUCAAUUUUCUGACUAUAAAAGAGUUCCAAGCAGGCAGUACAGCUACUAAUUCAGAACAUAUAAAAAGAACAGGUAUAAUGAAAAAACGCGAUAGUCUGAAAUAUGAUAAUCAAAAAGUAUGUGGUCUAUGUGCACUUGGAAGAUGCUUUAAAUCAAUUAGAGUUGAAAACAGAAGUAUUUUAUCGCUAAUUGUUGAAGGGGAUAUUUUAGAGUUAAAAUCCUAUCUUAAUGAAUCUGCUAAGACUAUUAAUUCACUAGCAGUGGUAUUGGAGAAAGUCUAUCCACAGAUCAAUAUACCCGUGAAAAGCAAUCAAGCACUAAGAGACUUAGAUGUUUCUGAAUACUUUGCAUAUCCUGAGUGCGUUCGUACAUUUCCUAUUUUAGAAUUCAGCUCAAAUAGAGUAAAUGCAUUGAAAAGCCUCUUUGACAAUGAUAAUUCUCAAAAAAGAGUUAUCUGGCUGUUGUUUCUAGAAUGUGUAUUAGAGGAUAUUUAUGGUAUAUCAGAUAUUUUAACAGAAGAGUUCCACCUACAGGUCAUAAUUAGAUCCCCCAGUAUAUCACAAAAAAUAUGCAAAAGACAUUCUAUACCCAGAGAAAAAAGAAUUAUAGAGCUUUCAAUGGAGGUAUUGGAAGAAGCUGUUAGUGUAACAGAAGAAGAAAGGAGUACUGUAAUUAAUGGUUUAUUGGCACUUAGUGUAUAUACGCAAGAUCCAGAUAUUUCUAAUAAUAUUUUAAAUUAUUUAUCUGAAAAAAACAGAAAGCGUACACUCUCUCCUAUUCACAAUUUUCUGAAGGCUUUUACUUUUAUAAAAACAAAAAGAAUAGCAGAAAAGGUAGAAAAAUGUAUGAAAAGUACAAAAGCAGUUAUUAAUGCAGUGAACACCUUACAAUUAUAUAACAAUACAGAUGAAAUAGAUAGCAUAUCACCGGCUGAGUUAAUACGCAUGAAAGAAAAAUUGUUUCAGGAAGUAAACACACUUGCCCCAGCAGAACAGCACUGUAUAAAAGAAUACUUUACUCAAAAAAACCUGUCAUAUACACUGUAUGAGCACAGCUAUCUUCUUGCCAGGGGAAGUACUUCUAAAAUAAGAGAAAUAGCAGAAAUAUAUUACGAUGAAGAAUUACGGAUAAAACCGUCCCCAGAUAAGAACUCUGUGCUAAUGGACAAUGCUUGUGUAUAUUUGGCAAGUGGUGUGAUGUGCUCAAUAUAUCCCGAAAAGUAUUUUAUAUUUUUCGUACUAACACAGGUGCUAGAAUGUGAUAAAGAAGUGACAUCCUUGGAGAAGUAUGCUUUGGUGCAUGCACUAGAAUACUUGUAUGUGUAUGAUCUGGAUCUAUUUAGAGAGUUAGUUAGGCUGUGCACCAAGAAAACAUUCUUUUCAGCCUACUGCACAGUAAAAAAUGCACAAAAGAAUUUUAUGCAGGCGGGGUUCUUUGAGGUCCCACAUCAAAUACUGUUACCAGAACAGAUUGAAAUAUACUCAAAAAAAGAAUUUGGAAGUAAAAAGAAAGAAGCUCUAACAGAGAACUCUUCUUUGGUUCUACGAAAGACAGGCGCGCUUUCUAUGGAAAAGGAGAAACUCAUUCUUGCUCAGUACCAGAAUGCAUUCUUUACAACGCAUUAUAACUACUCAGAUGUAACUUCUGUUGUAAGUGAUUAUUUUAAUGGAAUACUUCCCAUUGCCACAAUGAGAGUAUUAUUAUUUCUAUGCGAGGUUAAGAAAACAGAGGGGAUUGAUGCAGUGCCGUGUACAUCAUCCAGAGACUUUUUAAAAAUAUUCUUCUAUGCAGCUUCAUCUGCGACUACUCCUAUAGAAUAUCCAUACUAUGGAAUACCAGACAUGCUUAAAAGUGAAAAACCCCUCUCCCUACAGGACCAGGACAUAAAUAUAGAAAUACAGAAUACAAAUGAAGAAAUCCAGAUGUAUCUAGGCAGGCACAGAGAUGAUGGAUUCAUAACCAGAGAUUCUGAAACUGACAGAAAAUCAUUUGAAGUGUUAGAGGUUGAUAAAAUUCUGCGGGCGGCUGAUAGACUCACUCGCUGGGCUGAAGCAGCAGAUAAAUCAGCUGAAAUAGAAUAUCUUCUCACAGGAACCGUUAUAUCCACAGGCGCAGAAACAUACAUUAAUUUUCUGCAGUCUAACAAAGUACAGCAGCGGUUCAGAUUUUUAAGUGCGAUUAACGUGGACACUCCUCUUGUUGGUGCACAUGAGAUAGAAGAAAUUCUCUAUAUAUGCACACGCAAACCACAAAAAACAAUUGAUGCUCUAAAUAAUUGCCGUGCUCUUACAAAGAGUGGAAUGCAUAGCAUGGUAUGUGCCCUCGAGAAGAAAUGGUUUAAAAUAAGUGCUGAGUCGUAUUAUGUAAGAAACACCAAAGAAAUAGAAAUACCACAGAACACAAUUAUGUCACAGACUAUGCAUAGACUAAAACUAAAAAGAAAAAGAAAUCUUUCUGCUGCUCUUUCACUAUUCAAAAUUAGCCAUAACAUACAUACGUUAAAGGAUCCACUCUUUUUACUAACAGAAAUAGAAACAGGGCUAAAAACAGAGCUUGAAACAAUCAUUACAGAUGAAGACAAAGCUAUUAUUAGCCAAAAUAAUCAACAAAAUACAAGGAUAAGCCAAUGUACAUACAUUCUCUCUAAGGCAGUCUGCGCAAGAAUUGAAUAUCUUCUAAAUGAGUUCGAAUGCCACCCCAUAGACAUUCUGAAUAAAUAUGUAAAACCUGCAGAGAAAUUAUAUUUCGGCCAGCAUGAGUUGUUUGUGUUGGAGGCACUUGCAGGUACAUGUCUGACUAUUUACAAUAGAAAUAUAAGCACUCCACAGGCGCAUAAAAUAGCACGUACUCAAAGGGUGCAAAGUGCAAUUCUUCAGAAGGAGCAUGCGGCGAUUAAAGAAACAGAAGAUUGUAAAGCAAAGCAGCAGACAGAGGUAGAAGAAGCAUCCUACAAAAUAGGGAUAGCUCUGUACAUUAAACUAGCAGAAAAAAGCAGGAAACUCCAGCAUAUAAUCUCUCUUAUCCAUCUUCUUUUCUGUGAAAAUGCAUCAGAAUCGGUAAUUGAAAAUAUUUCACUGGAAGGAAUCCAAGUAAACUCUUUUCUUCCACUAAAGCAACAGAUCAUUUCAAAAUAUUUUCAUUUAUUAAUCACACAGAAUAAGCCUGCUUUACUUUCGCACCUGUCCAAAAUCAUUUUCCGAUUGAUGGAUAGCUCGCCCUUUUCCAUUAUUUACGAUGUUCUUAUACGAGAGAUAACUGCAAAGAAAAAAAUACGAAUUCCUGCAUGUGUAAGAACGCACGCAGAGUCAGUUAUAUCACAGUACAAGACAAUAUAUAAACAAGGCCAAAUGGGGCUUUCAUUAACCAGCGCAUUUCCUGUAAAUACCCCUAUACUUUCACGUGAAGUGAAGAAUAGUCCUGUUUUUAUUCAUGCAGUACAUCGAACUGCAAAAGUGCUAAGUGGUAUUAAUAAGCCGAUCUUAAUUUCUAUUGUAGGAACAGAUGGCAUUGCAUACAAAGAAAUUCUUAAGAAGAAUGACGAUCUAAAACAAGAUAUUCUUAGUAUGCAAGUCUUUUCCUACAUGAACACUGUCUUAGAGUCUACAGCAGCCACGCAGUCCAUUCAAGAAAGAAUCAGAACAUACAAAAUAAUUGCCCUAGACAAACUCUUUGGGAUAAUUGAAUUUAUAGACGGGGCAGAGCCGGUGGGUACUGUGAUUGAAGGCCUACAUAAAAAGUACUUUCCUCAGGAAAUAAGCAGCAGUAGGUGUAGAGAGAUUAUGCAGAAGUGCAUUAAUGCUUCAAUUGAUGUAAAAACCAAAAUACUUUCACGCCUGCAUACAGAGUAUUCUCCUGCCCUAAAGCGAGUCUUUGAGGGAAGGGGGCCAUUUGAAUACUUCAAAGGAAGAAAAGCGUUCACUAACUCCUUUGCAAUUCUUUCCAUUGCAACAUAUAUUCUUGGCCUGGGGGAUAGGCACCCACAAAACAUUCUAUUGGACAUGGCAACAAAAGAACUGAUAAAUAUAGAUCUAAACCUUAUUUUCGACCAGGGAAAGGCGCUGGCUAUCUCUGAGAAAAUUCCCUUCCGAAUGACCCAAAACAUCCAGCAAGCAAUAAUUGCUGAAGGAGUUCACUCCUAUGAGAAGCCAAUGGCAGUUUUUCUCGGUGCUCUGAAAAACUCGAAAGAAAAUCUUCUUGUCUUUAUUUCCAUUCUGCAGAAUGAGCCGCUUCAAAGGUGGCGAGUCAUCCAAAAAAUAUCUCGGGAGAAUACGCUGUUUUCAGACUACAAAAGCAUUGAAGAAAGAAUGAAAAAUAAGCUAAAUGGAAUAGAAAAUGGGUUUGUGCUAAGCAAUACAGCACAUAUUCAGUGUCUCGUGCAAAGGGCUGUAGACAUAUCUAACCAGGCAGCAAUAUAUCCUGGCUGGUCGCCGUGGAUGUAG